CAACAACACAGCGAACACAAUCACUUUGUUUUCCAUUGACAUUUCAUUGUAUAUAUACAGAUAUACAUAUAUGCCAGCUGAUUCAUGAUUUUGACUGGCUGAGAUAAACUGUCUGCCGGUCUGUCUCGUCCCGACUCCUGACACAUUCAUUACUAUGGGACAGAUGGAGAUUGAAUUUCAAUAUUGAAACAAUGUUGCAAAUGUUGGAGAGAACGAGAGCAAGGUUUAUACAAAUCUCCGCUGUUGAAAACCAAAUGCUAGUAUAAAAGAAAUGGAAGAUAAUGUCUAGAUGGUUUUUAUAGUGGACAUCAAGUUUAUAAAUUGCCUGGCUGGGCUGAUGAGAUGGUGGAUUGUGCAGUGAGCUGGAACAGAGUAAAUAGGCAUUUCAACAUCAUUGUUUUAGCUGGUGGUAACUUGUGGAAUAGACACCGGUUGGAAUGUGAUUUUAACCAAUCAGCAUCCAGGAUUAGACCCAGCCGUUGUAUAAAUGAUGAUGCAUUUACAUGACACUUCAACAUUCUAUGGCAGCCAUGUUAGCUACCCAUUAACAUUACUUGGGGAAUAUUUAAACAAUUUGAAUUAGAACAAUAUUCACAAUUCUAAAAGUUGGCCUAACUCUUUAAAUAUAUGGCUCUGAUCACGACCAUCCAAUGAAUGAAAGAAGUGACGUCACAAUCAGUUCCAACAAGUGGAAAAGAAUAAACACAAACUCUUCCAUUUUCAAGAGUGUCACAGUAAUUUACCAACGUCUACAUCGCCGAUUCUCCAGUCAUGUCUUAUUCUGUGCCUAGUGAACUGCAGUGUGUCUUGUCUUCAUGCACAGUCCUGUCAUUGUCGUGCCGCGCAUUAGUGACAGAAUAUACAUUACUUGGUGGAAUCUAAUUAGAGGUCCCCUAACGACCUAAUAGGCGUGUCUCCUGCUGCAUGUACAGUAGAGAGAAGGCUAUUAAUCCAAGGACAACCUCUGUCUCUUCAGACAACAAGCUGAGUGUAGUACGCUGGCAGUCUUUCCAUCCGCUCUUGAAGAAUGUUGAUUGAGUAACAAAUGACAUCUUGUUUAGCCCUUAGCUGCCAGCGAUGAGACUUGCUCUCUCUUCAUUGGUGACAAGUUCAGUAUUGUCGUGCGUGAGUCCAUUCUGAGCAGGGCCAGUCUUCUAUGUGAGCUAUGUGGAUGACAGACGACAGCACUGGUGUUGAGCAAAAAUGCUGAUUCUAUACUAUCGUUAUGUGCAAAGUGUGCAUCUGUGUCUGUGGUCAAAUCAGGUGCUUCUAGGACUUUUGUUUUGUAGUACAGACCUCUUUUGUUUUCUUACAACCUCAAGAUGUUGUUACUAGUAUUGGAGUAAAGGGGAGCAAGCGUUUACAGUUGUCUGCUGCGGUCCCGGAGCUAAAAAAAAAGUAUUUCUGAAUGUUCCUGUGUGAUGAUGAGGACUACAACUUUACAACUGUGGUACCGACCUACGUUGACCUGAGUUGUUUCUUCUCUCUAUUGAUUAAACGAGGAAUGAUGAAGAAAGCCAGAAGCUACUGCUAAAAGGAGACAAACAUCUACUAUCAGGAGUUCAACCAGCAUGGCAAAUGGUUUAUGGUCCAGAGCCACCUGGAGGGCUCUAAGUUCCACCUACACCAGGCCCAAAGUCAGCAGGUCAAGCAGUACCUGACGCUGGGUUCCAAGGUGGCCGGGGGACAGGGGGGCCACCCUCACCCCAAUUGCCAGGGAGGGCAGCUCCUGGGCACCGUUCAAGUGAUGAGGAACGGCCACCUGGCCCCCCUCAGCGAUGGCAGCACCCCCAGCAGCCCUGUUACACUGCUGACCCUGGCAUCAAACCAUGACAGUGAGUUUCCAAUGGAUGAUGUUAUUGAUGACUUGAUUAGCCUGGAGUCCGGGUUCAAUGACAGGGGCUUGGAUUGUAUGGAUCCCAGCAUCAUAAUGCAAAACAACGUGCUCAGCAGCAGCAUGCUAGACAUCUAUGGGGGUGAACCAGGUAUGACUACAGCCCCUCAUGGCCGAAUGACACCCACCUCACGCCCCACUAUGCUCACUACUGUAAAAAGGGAAGUCACAGAACAUGAAACGAGAGUGAUGGCCAAAGAACGACAGAAGAAAGACAACCACAACUUGAUUGAAAGAAGAAGAAGGUACAACAUCAACUACAGAAUCAAAGAACUUGGAACAAUGAUACCAAAGUCUAAUGACCCGUUAUCUUUUAUGUCCCUCUGCCGUAGUGAUAUGCGCUGGAACAAAGGCACCAUUCUCAAGGCGUCGGUGGAGUACAUCAAGUGGCUGCAGAAGGAGCAGCAGCACGCCAGAGAGCUGGAGAACAGGCAGAAGAAGAUGGAGCAGGCCAACAGGAGGCUACUGCUCAGGAUCCAGGAGUUGGAGAUCCAGGCCCGUGCUCAUGGCCUCCCCAGCAUGGCCACUGCCCUGGGUACUGUAGAGCUCUCCUCCCACCUCCUCAAACAACAAGAACAACAGCAGCAGCCCUUGGCUCCGCAGUCACUGCAGGGUCUCCAGCCAUCCCUGUACCAGGAAGAACUGAACGGGGAGUACCUCCAGAGGACCUCCAUGCCAGCCAUGGUCACCGGGGUUACAGACCAGGGUCAGGGGGUGGUUGAUGACUCCACCACUUUCUCCGACCCGCUGUCUCACUUCACAGACUUCUUCAGCUCCACGCUCAAAGAGGAGCAACGGCUAGACGAGAUCCUCAUGGACAACCCGCUCUCGCCUUUCGGCACCGACCCGCUUCUCUCCGCCGGCUCGCCCGACGCCUCCAAGGACUCCAGUCACAGGAGCAGCUUCAGCUCGGACGAUGGCGACGAUGACCUAUGAUCCCUGACCCCUCCGCGACCCCGUGUCAAAGGUCAAAGGACAAACAGCAGUUGGUCACCCUCAAACAAAGUGGUGCAGGGAUUUGUUCCAGCCCAGCACCAACACAUCCGAUUCCACUGACCAGCUCGAAUCAUUGAGAGCUUGAUUCGUGGGCUCAGGUGUGUUAAUGCUGGGCCGGAGCCUGCACCCCCUGUGGCUCUCCAGGACCAGGGUUAGUUACCAUGGGCACUCCCACUUUUUGAAAACUUUGAUCGAGAGUGCAUACAGCACCUCUGCCUCGCAGACAGAACCAGACUCAAGAGAAAAUGGGAGAAAGACAAUCGGUCCAUACUGAUCAUAUAAUACUGCAUUGGACACUGGGGUUGUUGAACACCACUGUAAACUAUGCAGACUACUUCACCGUACCUAUCAUGUGUCUUUGCGACAUGCCAAAAGAGGAUUGUUUCCUUUUCAGAGGUAUAGUAUUACUGUUAUUGUAUGAAAGGACUUUAAACCAUUGAGAUUCACUGAUGGGCCCUAUCGAGAGCUAGUUACUGGUGGUUCCUCUUCCAAACAGAAAUUAAAAUGGAACAGUGAUACUAGCCGAAAAAGCCUAACACGUCCUUCGUUCAUCUUUACAUUUAUUUUUAUAAAAUGUUUUAUGUAUUUAUAUGUGUUUUAAUCCAUGUAUUCCUAAAAAAACAUGACAUUAUCUAACAUGCUCUCUUUUCUAUUGGUGGGGGUGGGGAAAAUAUAAUAAACCCCUUUUUUUAAUAAAUCA